GGCGAAGCGGAGGACUCUCCUAUAAAACCCGGGAUCCCACGAACAGACGCGCUCGUCUCUCCCAGGCAAGAGUCGUGUUUCCCUGCCUGACAGCUGCCUCGUCCCCCCGCUACAGCUCGGAAAGGAACCGAGAAUCCCCCCACAGCUUCCACAGAGAAGAGAGCUCCGUAUACGGUUGUGACUGACGCUCCAGCAAGGAUGUCCCGGACCGACGAAGUGCACCGCAUUACGGAGAAUGUCUACAAGAACAUCAUGGAGCAGUUCAACCCGUGCCUACGCAACUUCAUAGCCAUGGCGAAGAGCUACGAGAAGGCGCUCACCAGUGUCACAUAUGCUGCAAAGGGCUACUUCGACGCUCUGGUGCGGAUGGGCGAGAUGGCCAGCGAAAGUCAAGGCUCUAAGGAUCUUGAAGAGGCAGCAUGGGAUGUGCUCUUUCAGAUGGCUGAAGUGCACAGACAGAUCCAGAUCCAGCUUGAGGAGAUGCUGAAGUCUUUCCACAACGAGCUCCUCACAGAGCUGGAGAAGAAGGUGGAGCUGGACGCGCGCUACCUGAACGCGGCGCUGAAGAAGUACCAGAUGGAGCACAAGAGCAAAGGGGAGAGUCUGGAGAAAUGCCAGGCGGAGCUGAAGAAGCUGCGCAGGAAGAGCCAGAGCAGCAAACACCCCUCCAAGUAUGGAGAUAAGGAGAUGCAGUAUGUGGAGGCCAUCAGCAACAAGCAGAGCGAGCUGGACAGCUACAUCGCCGAGGGCUACAAGAACGCUCUGUCUGAGGAGCGGAGGAGGUACUGCUUCCUGGUGGACCGUCAGUGUGCCGUGGCCAAGAACAGCAGUGCCUACCACAACAAGGGUAAGGAGCUUUUGUCCCAGAAGAUCCCCGUGUGGCAGCAAGUGUGCGCCGAACCGACCAAGCUGCCGGAUCGGGCCAUGUUCCUGGCACAGCAGAUGAGCGGCGCGGCGGGUGGCGUGCCUCCCGGCGCUCUCCACCCCGGCAUCCCCGAGCCCAUCUCUGGCGCCAAACCUCUGCCCAUGCCUCCAGAGCUGGCAGCCCUGCGGGCCGGCGCCACCAUGGGCCAGCAGCGGCUGAUGGACGGAGCGAUGCCGGUGAUGAACGGAGCAGCAGGUGGAGAGGACUACCAGCAGUGGAUGGAGAGCAAGGUGGCGCAGGGCAAAGCCUCCCCGCAGCCUCAGCGGCACGGAGCAGAGGUCUACUCCAACACCCUGCCUGUGCGCAAGGCCGCCCCCACAAAGAGCAAGACCCCCCAACUGGAGACUCGCACGCUGCCCCGCUCCAGCUCCAUGGCUGCAGGUCUGGAAAGGAACGGCAGAACUCGAGUCCAGGCCGUCUUCUCCCACGCCGCCGGAGACAACAGCACGCUGCUGAGCUUCGCCGAGGGCGACAUCAUCACCCUGCUGGUGCCCGAGGCGCGAGACGGCUGGCACUACGGCGAGAACGAGAAGACGAGGAUGCGGGGCUGGUUUCCCUUCUCCUACACCCGGCUGGUCUCCGAGAGCAACGGCGACACCAUGAGGCAGCUUCGAGUUCACAACCUCCACCAUGGGAAAAGCAGCAGCACAGGGAACCUUCUGGAGAGAGAGGACAUGCCUCUGCCCGGCCCCGAUUACGGCACUCACACACGAAUGUCUGCACAAAGCACCGCCACGCUGCACAGGCAACAGCGUCCCUACAGCGUCGCCGUGCCAGGCUUCCCGCAGCAGGGAGUUGAAGAGUACGAGCCCCGCUUCCCCACCAGUUCCUCAGAGGUCAAAUUGAUUUCCACAGUGUGAGACGAUGCGAUAGGACAGGCUCCUUCCUCUCCCCCCCCUCUUUUCCUGCCUCCUGCUUGCGGCAAUAAACUCCUCUCGAGUCCGAGGAAGAGACGCGGGUGUGUCCGUCACCCUCCUUUCAUCUCUCCCUCCGUCGCCAUCCCCCGAGUCGUCUGUCUGACCUCACGACCAAACCAGAACAGACGUUGUGCCGUAAAUAUUUCCAAUCCACGUGACGGACAUUCUCUCUGAGGAAAAUGGGCUUUUUUUUCUCGCCUUUCACGCAUGUACAUGUACUUUUGUAUAACUGAGGGGAUGAAACUUCCCCGCCCUAUUUCCACUAAUGUCAGUGCUCUCCAUCGGAAUGACGGCGUGAAGGAAAGAAAGCGGUUGAUCCCAAAGAGGAUUUUCAUACUGUAAAAACAUGAUAGUUUUUAAUUUUACUGGAUUUUUCAGUAUUGAAUUAUUUCUGCCUUUUCAUGCUGUGAAGUUUUGUAUUCCUCUGACACGAGAGGUCCUGUAAAUGUUUUAACCAAGAAAACUGAAUGUUUACUGUACAUACAAAAAGUGCUUGUCACGCAGUAUCUUAUCUGUUCAUGGAAGAAAAAAAAAAAACGCACUUUAUGAAACUAAUAAUCUCUGUUUGUGACUUUGUGUAUGAAAACAACCUGGAACCGUCUCGGUAUCGGUCUGUGAACUUGGACGCUGUGCUCCAACACACUCAAACACAGGUGCUUCUGUCCAUGCUGUGCUGCUAGAGUCCUGCUGAGGCGUUUCUCUGCUUCAUCAUCAAGUAAUCUGAACAAUAAGCAGCGACGAUGACCUCUUUUUAUUUUUUUAUUUAAUUCAUUUUUUUUUGCAUUUUCUGUAGUCAAAAAAAAAAAACAGUACAGAUGUUUGGACCGCGUUCUCACAUCUACACAUACUGGAGGCGGAAGUUAGGAAGUUCCCAUUCACAAGGCGACGCGUAAUCUAGAUUAAAUGAACAUAAAUUGUCAUGCUAACACUUUAAAUGACUCUCUUUGUGUCACCUGCGGAUGAGGUGAUUUAGUUCCCAUCAUUCCUGCUUCAUUAACCAACAAGCAUGACUUUUAAAUCGCAACAUGCUGCCGUCAUUCCAGCACAUUUAAAGAUUUCCAUAUCAUUGGCCACUGGUUGGGAAACUGGUUGGGCGUCAAACUCAUUUCAAAAACAUUGACGUUCUCAAAGAACCUGUUGUGCCAGAAUGUAUUAAUAAAACUCAUUAACAAACUGUUAAAUUAGUAAUAAAUAGCUGCGACUGCAUACCUUCUAAUAUUAAAUGACAUUGAACAUCUUUUCAUUGAUCAGUAGCUCCAGGAUUUUAUGACUUUUCUUUCUUGUUUUUUUUUUUGCAAUCUAAUUCUGUUUCGUGGAGCUAACUUGGAAAUGAUUGCAAGAAUUUCUGCAAUAUUUAACAUGGUAAAUGUGACGCGUCUCCACAUCAUCACUGAUUUGCCAAGUGUAGUAAAAACACACCUACAGAUGGGAGUUGGCAUCACUUUAAGCCAAUUAUUUUUACUUUUCUUUUUUUUUUCCCAGGAAGUUUGUAAUAAACUCACAAUUAUGGAUUAGCGGCAAAAAGAAAAAUGCUGGAAUCUGUUGACUUUGUGUGAAUUUCCACAAUCACAAAAAACUGGAGGGACUGAUUGAUGUAAUUUGGCAGCAUACAGAUAAAAACGGCCUUGAUUGAUAAAAUAAUAUUUAAGCAUACGACGGUUAUCUUCAAGGUUCUGUUCAUGCGACUCUCUGGACCGCAAAAAACACAUAUUGUAGAAAAUCGUUCCACCUCUAGACUCAGAUUUACUGUCCUAUUCAUAUCUGGUGAUCCAUGUAAUACAGUUUUAAAAUCAAUUUAAAAAUCCUCAUGGAUUAUUCAGUGAUUCUUUGUGGAUGCUUUCCAUUGUAGAGAAACAGUUUUAAUGUGUUUUGUUUGGAUUUUACAUGAUUAACCAACACAAGAAAGUACAUCACUAAAUGAAUGAAGUGGCAGAAAACUGUAACGUGAAUUAAAUUUAGAAAUAAUAUUUUCCACAAUAAUUCUUUACUUUGUCUUGGUCAGUCAUUUACAAUCUCAAUUAAAUAAAUUGAAAUGUGGGUUUAAUGCUACACAAUGUGAAAGGUUCAAUACUUUUGAACUCUAAUGUCACAAUUGAUGAGCAGAAAUUAUUUAUAUGACUUUUAAUUUAUAGAAAACAUCAGACAACAACUCUAGACGUGCAGAGAUUUUACAGCCAUAUUUAGAAAAACUUAAAUUAGAAAGAAAUGUACAAAACUAAACAUGUUUUUGUUUUUGCAUAUUUAUACAUGGCGCCUAUACUGUGGAUUAUAUAACUUAAUGGAAACUUUUAAAUGUAACAUUGUCAAAGAAAUAUGCAGGACAUUUGGAUUCUAAUGGAUCCACAGAAACUGGGAGGUCAAAUCAGUGAACACAGCGACUGAAAACUGAGUUACAUUUGCCUGGAAAGCCGUUUGAUUUCCUGUGUUUAUCCUUCAUGUUCUGCUUUAACUCUGACUAAAACCUCAGCGAGUCAAACGGCGUCACAUUUUAAGACGAGUGUCGUCUGUUCGGACUGGUUUUGUUUUUCUGUGUCGGCGCAGUUAGUCCCCGUCUCACUGGCUGUCCCUUCUGGUGUUUACUAGAAACUGCUGACUUCUGAAAUUUAUGAAGGUUUUAACAUUUGUAGAGGGAUGAAGAUGGCGAAAUUAAAAGGUUACUUCUCUGAAAAAAAAAAAAGACAUCGCUUGAGAUGCUUAAAUAUUUUUCAAGCAAGUGAAACAUUAAUUUGGAUCUGCAUCAGAUCUUGGUUCAGAUUUUUAUUAUUAUUUUACUAUUAUUUUUUUGCACAGUGCAGUAGAAGCUUCGUCCCGGAUGUUCUCCCUCAACUUUGCCAACCUGCUUUCUGCCGUUUCUUGAUCUGUUCUGAUGCGUUUAGACCAAGUCGAGAGUAGAUGACGGGAAGCUGCCAGUUUUUUUUCUUUCUCCACUAAAAUAAUCAAAGCUACGACUGCAGAUUGCACGGCACUCGUGUGUGUCCACCGACUGAGGGGUCCAGGUGCAAAAGAAUGAAAACAUUUUGUACAGAGGAUUUCUGAAAUAUGCAUGCGUUGAGGCAGCAAGAAGUAUAAAGAUUGAUGACCUCAAAUGUUUGAAUUUCUACUAUACAAAAAUUAUCAAAUAAAUUUCUUCAUAUGGACA